GAACACCCAUGACCACUGAUUCAGACAGAAGUUCAGGCAGAACUAGGACCAAACUUUUAUCUGCAUAUUUCUGUUAAAUCGUUUUUCUGAAAUGGCCGAUUUUCUGUUCUUCAUGACGUUUGUUUUUUCUUGGCCUCUCUGGUUGAAUGCUGAAGUGGUUGCUGACUUUAAAACUUGUAAUCAGUUCUUCUACAAGAAGAUUGAACCAAGAGGACUAGAUCUAAAUGAUGUCAAAAUAUGUCAGAAAUACAAUAAUAAAUUUGACUUUGCUACACUUUAUAGCACUGACAAAAGGAUACCAAUUUACAGUGCUUACCAAUUCAAUUUUGAUCAAUGUGAGAGUGCAACCAGACCCCAAACAUGGUUUAUUGAACCUCAGCUUUCUGGUGAAGAGGAGGAAAACAUGAUUGAUCAAGGACACAAUAAAAACACCUACAAAGAGAGACAAGCCAUCAGUGAUUUUUAUGUUCACACAGACUUUAACUGUAGCCAGCUGAACCCAAGCGACUACCAAUGUAAUACAGGGCGAAUGUCCACUUUCACUCUCACUAAUGCAGUGCCCCUGGAUCAGUGUUUCAGUCGAGUUCAGUGGCAGAAGUAUAAGGAUGGGAUCAAAAGCCUACUAAUGCCUCUUGCUGGCAAAGGAACAGCAUACUUUGUUACUGGUGUGGUUCCUUCCAGUAAACUGAUACCAGAAAAAGAACUGCACUCUGAAAACAUGGUGCGGGACUUCAACAUGGUCGCGGUGCCCAGUCAUGUGUGGACAGCUCUGUGUUUUGAUGCCCUGGAUCCAAAGGACUCAUUUUCCAUAGCCUACAUGGGUGAGAACUUGCCUCACGGUACAAUAGAGCCCUUUACAGUCAAGCGGCUAGUUGAAAGGUUAAACAAACACUACAAAACAACGGACUUGAGCAUCUUCGACAAUAACUGCUCUAAUCCGAAAGACAGGGAAAUUCUGUUACAGUUCGCCUUUGAUGUUUUUAUCUCUGACUCUCUGAAGAAAGCCGCUACAGACCGUUUUAGCUCAAAGGCAAAAAGGAAAUGGGAGAGUAUCCUUUUUAAAAAGUUAACGCAAGAAGGUACCUUGUAUCUUUUUGACAGCGUUUUUAUAGAGGACAUAAACAUUGAAAUGAAAUACAGAAAUAGGCAGGAUUGGUUUCAGGGCAAUGAGCAAUUAAAGUCGACUGAAAACGAGGCUUGUGUACUUAAAGCCAAAACUAACGGGGAACAUUUCUCAGACACGAUUCAUGUCUGUAGUCUCGUCCCAGAAAAAUCGGCCACAGAAUCUACUAUUACUGCAGAUGGUACUCUUUGCUUGGAAGGUGAAACGUGUCAAAUAAUAGAUGGUAACAGACAGUGCAACACAACAAAUGGGAAAAAACAAUGCUGUGCAACUCCAUGUCUGUAUAGUUAUGAGAGAAAGAGUUUUACCUGUAGCUCUAUCAGUGAGACGAUUGUAUGUUCUCCCCAAUAUUCAACUGUGACUAUGAAGGGCAAGUCCUGCCUCCCUGAUCAGGCGUGCGCUACCUAUGACAAAUCGUAUUAUUGGUGUCACACACAGGAUGGGUCGUGGGAUUACUGUAUUCCCCCUUUAGUCUCAGGUAUAACUGUCAAAGGGAAUGCUUGUCGUCUUGACCAUGUAUGCGGUACAUAUGGAAAGAACUAUAGUUGGUGUUACAUUGACGACAAACAAUGGAAUUAUUGUUGUACUACAGAAGAUCCACAUGAGGCAAUAAAUGGUAAACUGUGUCGAUCUGACCACAAAUGUGGUGCACAUGGUAAAGAUUACAACUGGUGUUACAUUGAUGUUAGUGACAAUUGGGAGUACUGCUGUACACCAAGCAUGUAAUACAAAGGUGACAUUAUCCCUCCAAAGAUUGUUAUAUACUGAGGGCUACUGGGGCUAUGAAGUUUCCAAAAAAUAUCAACCAAUGCUUUAAACUAACAGGCUCUACAUUAUAUUGCUUUUAUUAACAUUAUUACUCAUCCCUAUUAAGGGGGGUGUUUAAAUUAAUCUGUCUUAGUCUGGAAUAUAACUAGGAAUAGUUUUAUAUAUCAUAUCUUUUUCCCACAUUGAAGUAACCUAGCUGCACUGAGUAAAAGUGUAAUUUUCCUGGCUAAACCAGGUUUAGCUGUUCUUGUAGACUACCUUUCAGUUUACAAUCAAACACAGAACAGGCUUAAGCAAAGACCUACCAAUUUCUUUAUAUUUAUCUAUGUGUAACCAGAUAAGAUGAUUAUUUACAUGGGGCAAAGCGGACCAAGCCUGCUCUUACCCGAUGAGGGAUGUUUCCCUAUAGGGGUUAUUUAAAGAGGACACCUGGGAGGCCAGGCAGCAGUCUGUUCUGUUUCUACGGAGAUGGCAAGAUCCCAUCAUGCUUUUUCUCUCACUUGAGUUACUAGUUCUGCACUACUCUGGAAAUGUAUUUUCUGUGAGUAAUAUUGAUAGCUUGUGAUUGUGACCAACUUAAAUAAACAGAAUUAUUUUA